UGUAGUCGGCUUGGCUUGCACUUCCUUGAGCCAAGUUCGUCAAUCGAUAACUGCUGACGGCAUUUGCUACAUCAGAACACGCGCGGGAUGAGCAUCGUGUCAGAUAGCUCGUGCAGCUGGUUAGAGAAGCCGAUCGUCCAGCGCAACGACCGUUUAAUAAUACGAAACAGUUCUUCCUGAUAUUGUAACCAUCAGCAACUAUGUUUAGACACGUUUUGUGGCUUGCGUUUCUUUCCUUAACCUGGUCCGAAGGAUAUCCCUACGUUAUAAACGCCACUGAUGGACCUACUACGGACAUUGACAGAAGUAACGGCUCUAACGUGGUACUCAUGCCGCUUCUCGGAGGGACCGAUCCCGCUGUAAAUAGUACCCUUCCUUUCGAAGGGAUGACGGACAACGCAACAACAAUGCCAACUUUAGAGAGCCAACUUGCUAACAAACUGACCACUUCUUUAUACCAGGACGACACUUUGAUAUCUGCCUGCCAACUGACCACACACAGUCAACUCACUGUCAUUAAGAGUAGUUCAUUUCCAAACAAUUACGGUCCCAACCUAGACUGUCAGUACACUGUCCGCCGGAACUCCUCCGCGUGGUGCUCCGUAACGUUCCUCUUUAACGUACUGGACCUGGAAGAGAGUGAAGAGUGUAGCAAGGACUACAUUGACCUGGCUGGAGAAAGGCUAUGCGGAUACAACCCUUCAGGAGUCACACGUAUUGUCCACUUUAAAGGUUCGGAAGUGACCAUGAAGUUUCACUCCGAUGAAGAUGUUUUCGGCUUGGGUUUCCUUCUCACUGCUGUCCAGCAAGAGUGCCCGCCUCCUAGCUGCGAUGACAGAUUCACCCAUUCCCAGUUCGAGCUCUCUAGCCCCAACUUUCCGUCGACCUAUGAAAAUCGCCGAAUCUGUGAUUACGUCAUCGUAAAAAGCUCAAGAUUCGUUUGUAAGUUACGCAUCCAGGUGGAGUUGUUUGAUGUUGAAUACGACGACAAAUGCGAAGCCGACUUUUUCGAGCUGAACGGCGAAAAGUUUUGUGGGGUCAUGUCGGAAGGUCAAAUUGUUGAGAUGGAUUUCCCGAACACCGAGAUGUUGGGUCGGUUCAGAAGUGACUACGCCACCACUCGGUCAGGUUUUCUUUUUGAAGUAACACAAAUAGAAUGCCCGUCAGAAAUGCUAUCCACCAACCAAUCGGAAGUGGAAAAUAUACCAGAAGCUUUAUCCACCAACCAAUCAGACGCGGAGAAUAUAUCAGAAGCGUUAUCCACCAACCAAUCGGAUGGAAAGAUUGCACCCAAUGUAACUGAAUCAAGUCAAAUGACUCUAGGAAUUAAGUCAACACAACAAAAUUUUGAGGAUGAGACAAAGCCUUCGGGUUACAAACACUAGAUAGUGUGUUUAAAGUUAUUUGUUAUUAUUUGUGUUUAAAGUUAAGGAAUAAUAAUAAUAAUAAUUAUAUCAUUUAUUAAGUUUUUGCUUCACACUAUUUUGCAGUAGAAGCAGAAAUUGUACGAAAAUUAAAUGAGCACCAAAAUUAACAAUAUCACAUUUAGGCCUUUGUGCCCAUUUUUAAACAUUAGCACAUUAUUAGUUUGAUAUACCACUACGCAUGUCUGUUGAGCGCUAUUACGUCACGCCAACUUCAUAAAAUGUAGAGGGAGUAAAACUUCGUCAUUGUACAUGAAAGUUCUAAUGGUGAAACACGUAACAAUCUCUUGAAAGCUUCAGAUUUACCCCCACCUUUUCUAACCUCAUGUUUACAAACAUUAGGUAAUUCUUAAUAUCCUGUUUGGAAUUCGCUUUUACGUCGUUUUUAUCUUUUUACUUCUCUCUUUCUGUAAUAAGCAAGCUCCAAACAAAAACAAAUUGAAACAUCUUGCUGUUACUCCAUUUCAUUCCGAAACUGUCAAGAAAAUAUCACCUCCUAUUUUUCUUCUUCACUAUUAGUAAAUGGACGAUCUUUUGUGAUCAAGCUAUUAAGAUGUUAAGAUUUCGAAUAGAAAAUUGCCUCAUAUAUUCUUUUCCCGCGUUGUCGAAAAGAAUUGAUUCUAGAAUAAAGAUGAAGCUCGUCGGGCGGAGCUUCAGUACUGUUCACAAUAGCUCUAUAACUGGGUGUUCACAAAAAUUAGAUUUGAUAGGAAAAAAAAUCUUUCCUGGGCCAGUCUGCUCCGAUUAAAUAAAAACGAAUGGAGGUGGAUGUACUGUUAAAUCUGACGAAGUAAAGAGAAAUUUCUAGAAUAGAAAGCUCAAGAAAAUAACAAGUUUUCUGUCGUGUUCACCACCACCCCCAGUCCCUCUGAUAUAUAUAUAUAGUUCAAAAGUAAAUUCUUUAGGUGGCUGCGCACAAACUAUUUAUAAAAUCUUUAAAGAUGUUAAAUUAAUAAACGUCUAACGCUUAUUUGUUUUUACUCAAAACUGCCAAGGUUUUCUGCGCUUUUUCUACCACAGGGAAUCGAACUCGGAUUUUAUCGUGGAAAUUUACUGCUCACCCCUGGGGGGACAACUUCUUUCGUAGAAGGUCAAAGUUUGUUUUUUUUUUUGUUUGUUUUUAAUUAUGCACAAAGCUACA